CGCUUUUCUUUAUAUUCUCAACUACUUGCAGCAUCUCAUCGCAUUCCUCUUUCUUCACUUCAUGUCACACUGAAAGGUAGUUAUUUGCCCUUUUCCAAUCAGCCGAACAGCAUCAUGGGAACAGCCACAGAGAAAGAAGAGAUCCGCCGCUUGUUCGACCCUUCAGAAGACAUAUGCACGCAAAACAUCCCGCGCUCCGAACUCAUCAUUUACAACCCCAAGAAACAAACCUCCGAGCUCCAAAUGACGUGCGAAACGAGACCAUUUCCCUUCAGGGACACCGGAACCCUUGUCAUCCACUUACACGGCGCAUGUCACGGCAACGGCAAACUCAACUCCAAUGCCAAGGCUUCAUACGGCAUCUACCUUGGACCUGGCUCUCGUUACAACACCGAGGAACUUCUCCCUUCUUCUCUUCCGCAAACCAGCACGUGUGCAGAUGUUUAUGGGCUAGCGCAUGCUCUGGAAAUAGUGAAAAAUAUCGCGAAGGACGACGCCAGACUCGAGCGGGUCAAGAUCGCCACUGAUUCGCGCUUCUUAAUUCAGGCGAUGACGGAGUGGAUGAAUAUGUGGAUCGAGCAUAAGGGAUUUACGCCUCAGGGCAGGCCCGUUGCGCAUUUUGAGACACUCAGAAAUCUUCAUGAUAGCCUCAACUAUUUGGAAUCCGCCGAAGGAGGCUACGAAGUGCAGUUCUGGCAUGUUCCAAGGGAGAUGAACAAAGAAGCUUACGCGUUAGCGUAUGCGGCACUGGAUGAUGUUUGA